AUGUCGACGAGAUCGCUAUCCAUGAUUGAUGACAGGAAUGCCACACCAGCAGGCAACGAGUACGACGGUGCACGCAAAUCCCUCAAACGCCAAAUAGUGAAGAGUCUAAGGAAAGACCGAGAGCUCUGGUGGACAUCGAAAGCUCGGGAGAUGGAGAAGGCUUUUGCUACGGGAAACAGCCGUGCCCUUUAUCAACUGAUACGAUCGACUGGCCCUAGGAAAGCAACGGUCAGCGAAACGAUAAAUGAAAAAGAUGGCUCAUUAAUUCACUCGCAAAAACGUCGACUGGAGAGAUGGGCCGAACACUUCGAAGAGCAGUUCAGCUGGCCUCCUGCAACACAGCCGGUGGAGAUAAUGCAUACGGGCGAAUGGAAUGUAAACCUUGAUCGCCCUUCAGAAGAAGAAAUAGGGUACGAAAUAGCCGUACUGAAACGUGAGAAGGCACCAGGACCGGACGGUCUGUAUCCAGCCCUCUUCAAAGAAGGCGGAAAAUCCCUGGUGACCCACCUGACAAAGCUUAUUGGUGCUAUAUGGGACGAAGAGAAAGUGCCUGCAGAAUGGGGCAUGUCGACGGUUAUCCCCAUCUUCAAAAAGGCGAACACUGGACAGUCUUCAAAAUCCAGUGCUCAAGUUGUCGCUGGUUGGAGCCUUGUCGGUCUGGAGUACGCAGAUGAUAUGGCCCUCAUCGCUGAAGACCAAAGCGAAGCACAGGCCCUGUUGAAUAAGCUGAACACCAUCAUCAUCAUCAUGCUUCAGAACGUACCAUCUGCGAACAUAUCCCUUACAGUUCAAGGAGAACCACUGGAGAUUGUGGAAAACUUUACAUACCUCGGUAGUUGUAUUAGCUCUGACGGAAGUGUGUCUGAUGAAGUCAGUGCAAGAACCCCAAAGGCUCGAAUCACGUUUGCUAAUUUGCGUCACUUGUGGCGUCAAAAAGGCAUCUCACUGGAUCUUAAGGGUCGUGUGUACCAGGCUACAGUAAGGGCUGUGUUGUUGUAUGGAAGCGAGACAUGGCCUCUGCUGGCAGAUGAUGUGAAGCGUCUUCGAUUUUUCGACCACCGAUGCCUCAAAAGCCUGGCUGGUUUUGGAUGGCGCCAGCGCGUUAGUAACGAGAUGAUUAGAAAUCAGAAUGCUUUCUAUCGGGAGCUAUCCGGGCUCAUUCGUCAGACAGAACGCACUGACACUGUGAUCCUUGUAGGUGGUGUGAGUGCUCAAGUAGGCCGUCUUAGCUCUUUGGAGUCACAUUUGGGCGGUCGAUUUGGAGUUGAUGCUCGCCGCACAGACAGUGGAGAUCGACCCCUUCAGUUGUGUGCUGACCGUGAACUGUUUCUGGCAAGUGAAUGGAAUGUAAAUAUUGAUCGCCUGUCGGAAGAAGAAAUAGAGCUAAAACGUGAGAAGGCGCCGGGUCCGGACGGUCUGUAUCCAGCCCUCUUCAAAGAAGGUGGGGAAUCCCUGGCGAUCCAUUUGACAAAGUUCACUGGUGCUAUAUGGAACGGAGAGGUGUCUACGGAAUGGGGCAUGUCGACAGUUAUCCCUAUCUUCAAAAAGAGUGGGCGUGAAAACUGCGUGAAAACCACUUUAGCAUCAGCCUGUUAG